UCGGCGGUCAUGUUCGUUUCGUAUCUUUAGUAUUCAUCAUACCUAUUUUGAUAUUAUACAUUUGUGGUGCGUUUAAACGUAAAGAAACGUUUUUAUUUUUACACACUAUUUAUUAUCUAAUAAUGAUUUUAGUGCUUGACAAUUAAAAAAAAACCUAAAGAUUUGGACGAAUAAAAGAAAAUAAUUAAUCAUGGCUGAUGCAGCUGCCCGUCAGCUUCAAUACGAAUACAAAGCGAAUUCGAAUCUUGUAUUACAAGCUGAUGUGCGACUCAUUGAUCGACGUAACCGCGAUGAGGCCACAGGUGAAGUAUGUUCGUUGGUUGGAAAGUUGGAAGGUACAAAGAUGGGUGAUCGUUUUCAAAGAACUAAACCUGUGAAAGCAGAAGAAAGAAAAGCCAAGAGACAAAAGCGUGACGAAGCGCAAUAUGACUUUGCUCGAAUGAAAGGUACCACACUAUUAUCAGAUGGUGUUGAUGAGAUGGUUGGAAUUAUGUAUAGACCCAAAACACAAGAAACUAGACAAACAUAUGAAGUGUUAUUAAGUUUCAUACAGGAGGCACUUGGUGAUCAGCCUAGAGAUAUUCUGUGUGGUGCAGCUGACGAAGUUUUAGCCGUACUAAAAAAUGAUCGUCUUAAAGAUAAGGAGAAAAAAUCUGACACUGAAAGUUUACUGGGUUCUUUAGCUGAUGAAAGAUUUGCACUUUUAGUUAAUUUAGGGAAAAAAAUUUCUGAUUUUGGAACUGAUGAAAAAGGCACUGCCAAUACAGAUAAUAUUGAUGAAACAUACGGUAUCAAUGUUCAAUUUGAAGAAAGUGAAGAAGAAGAUGAUGAAGACGUGUAUGGUGAAAUUCGUGAAGGUGACGAUCAUGAAGAUGAAGGUGAAGAAUCAAAAUUAGAUGCUACUAUUCAUGCAGAAAAUUUGGACAAACGCUCUGGUAAAAAACCUGUAGAACAAGCUAAAAAAGAAAAAAAUCUGCACGCAUUGGAUAUUGAUGCUUAUUGGCUUCAACGAAGUUUGUCUAAGUAUUAUAGUGAUGCCAUGGCAUCUCAAGCUAAAGCAGCAGAAGUAUUAUCUGUAUUGAAAAAUGCUGGUGAUGAUCGAGAUUGUGAAAAUCAACUAGUCCUUUUACUUGGAUAUGAUUGUUUUGAUUUUAUUAAAAUAUUGAAAAAAAAUCGACUUAUGAUUUUGUAUUGCACACUAUUGGCAUCAUCACAAAGUGAGUCUGAACGUGCAGCAUUGCGUAAAAAAAUGGAAUCUGAUCCAUAUUUAGCAAAGAUUUUACGUCAAAUGGAUACUAAAGAGGUAGAUGAUAUUAAAGAAAGUAGUGCUAGUGCUGCUAAUAAGAAGAGACGUGCUGCUGAUGAAGAUGAUGAUGACAUGAGUGGUGGUGAUCCUAAACAACAGGUCGCUGGUACCAGAAAAGUCUUAGAUUUGGAUGAUUUAAUAUUUGCUCAAGGAUCUCAUUUUAUGUCUAAUAAGAGAUGCCAGCUCCCAGAUGGAUCAUUCCGGAAACAACGGAAAGGUUAUGAAGAAGUACACGUACCUGCAUUAAAACCUAAACCUUAUAAUCAGGAUGAGUCUUUAGUACCCAUUGAUAAGUUACCAAAGUAUGUACAACCUGCUUUUGAAGAUUUCAAAACACUUAAUAGAAUACAAUCAAGAUUACAAAAAAGUGCUCUAGAAUCUGAUGAAAAUUUGUUGCUAUGUGCUCCUACAGGGGCCGGUAAAACAAAUGUUGCACUAUUAUGUAUGUUGAGAGAAAUUGGAAAACACAUCAAUAGUGAUGGUACUAUAAAUGCUGAUGAGUUCAAAAUCAUUUAUAUAGCUCCCAUGAGGUCAUUGGUACAAGAAAUGGUUGGAAGUUUUGGAAAGAGGUUAAGUAGUUAUAAUCUAACAGUAUCUGAAUUAACUGGUGAUCAUCAACUAACACGUGAGCAGAUACAAGCUACACAAAUUAUUGUUUGUACUCCAGAAAAAUGGGAUAUUAUAACUAGGAAAGGUGGUGAAAAAACUUUUGUAUCAUUAGUGAGGCUAAUUAUUAUUGAUGAAAUACAUUUGUUACAUGAUGAACGUGGACCUGUCCUUGAAGCUCUAGUGGCCAGAACAAUUCGUAAUAUAGAAACUAUACAAGAAGAUGUCCGUUUAGUUGGACUUAGUGCUACAUUACCCAAUUACCAAGAUGUUGCAACAUUACUUAGAGUUAAUCCUGAUUCUGGUCUAUUUUAUUUUGAUAAUUCAUUUAGACCAGUUCCGUUGGAACAACAGUAUAUAGGUAUUACAGAAAAAAAGGCUGUUAAACGUUUCCAAGUUAUGAACGAAAUUGUUUAUGAGAAAAUUAUGGAGCAUGCUGGCCGUAAUCAGAUUUUGGUGUUUGUUCAUUCUAGAAAAGAAACAGGUAAAACUGCAAGAGCUAUUAGGGAUAUGUGUUUGGAAAAAGAUACUCUUGGACAAUUUUUACGUGAAGGAUCUGCAUCUAUGGAAGUUUUGCGCACUGAAGCUGAACAAGUCAAAAACCAAGAACUUAGAGAUUUACUUCCAUAUGGCUUCGCUAUUCAUCAUGCUGGUAUGACCCGCGUGGACAGAACUUUAGUUGAAGAUUUAUUUGCUGAUCGUCAUAUUCAAGUACUAAUAUCUACAGCAACUUUAGCUUGGGGAGUAAAUUUACCUGCUCAUACUGUCAUAAUUAAAGGCACUCAAGUUUAUAGUCCAGAAAAAGGUCGUUGGGUAGAACUCGGUGCUUUAGAUGUCUUACAGAUGUUGGGUCGCGCUGGACGUCCUCAAUAUGAUACAAAAGGUGAAGGAAUACUUAUUACAAAUCAUAGUGAACUUCAAUAUUACUUGUCUUUGUUGAAUCAACAGCUUCCAAUUGAGUCACAAAUGGUUUCAAAACUGCCAGAUAUGUUGAAUGCAGAGAUUGUACUUGGUACAAUACAAAGUGUUAAAGAAGCUGUAACAUGGUUGGGUUAUAGUUAUUUGUAUAUUCGUAUGUUGCGUUCCCCUGCUUUAUACACUAUUACUCCAGAAAAGUUGGAAGUAGAUCCGUUAUUGGAGACACAUAGAGCAGAUAUUAUCCACACUGCUGCAAUACAAUUAGAAAGAAGUAAUCUCAUUAAAUAUGACAGAAAAUCUGGUUAUUUCCAGGUAACUGAACUUGGACGUAUCGCUAGUCAUUAUUAUUGUACUCAUGACACAAUGGCUACAUAUAAUCAACUAUUAAAACCAACAUUGAGUGAAAUUGAAUUAUUUAGAGUAUUCUCGUUAUCGGGGGAAUUUCGUCAUAUUGGAGUAAGAGAUGAAGAGAAAUUGGAAUUACAAAAAUUAAUGGAACGCGUACCAAUACCUAUUAAAGAAGGUAUAGAAGAACCAAGUGCCAAGAUAAAUAUACUGCUUCAAGCAUAUAUAUCUCAGUUAAAACUUGAAGGUUUCGCAUUGAUGUCUGAUAUGGUAUUUGUGACUCAAUCUGCUGCUCGUUUAAUGCGUGCUAUUUUUGAAAUUGUUUUGCAUCGUGGUUGGGCACAGCUAGCUGAUAAAGCUCUUAGUCUCUGUAAAAUGAUUGAUCGACGCAUGUGGCAAAGCAUGUCACCAUUAAGACAAUUUAGAAAAAUGCCUGAAGAAAUUGUAAGAAAAAUUGAAAAAAAGAAUUUCCCUUGGGAAAGAUUAUAUGAUCUUGGUCCAAGUGAAAUAGGUGAAUUAAUUCGCGUUCCUAAACUUGGAAAAACAAUUCAUAGAUAUGUACAUCAAUUUCCAAAAUUAGAAUUGUCCACACAUAUUCAACCAGUAACUAGAUCUACAUUAAGAGUAGAAUUGACAAUUACUCCUGACUUUCAGUGGGAUGAAAAGUUACAUGGAAAUUCUGAAGCAUUUUGGGUAUUGGUCGAAGACGUGGAUUCUGAAGUGGUUCUUCAUCAUGAAUUCUUUUUAUUAAAAGCAAAAUAUGCUACUGAUGAACAUAUGCUUAAAUUUUUUGUCCCUGUUUUUGAACCUUUACCACCUCAGUAUUUCCUCCGAAUUGUUUCUGAUCGUUGGAUUGGUUCAGAAACUCAAUUACCUGUUUCAUUUAGACAUUUGCUACUUCCAGAAAAAAAUGUUCCACCUACUGAACUUUUGGACUUGCAGCCACUGCCUGUAUCUGCUCUUCGUAAUAAAGUGUUUGAGGAACUUUAUGCUGAGAGAUUCCAUCAAUUCAAUCCUAUCCAGACACAAGUAUUUAAUGCUGUAUAUAAUAGCGAUGAAAAUGUGUUUAUUGGUGCUCCAACUGGAUCUGGAAAAACUGCUAUAGCUGAGUUUGCACUGUAUCGUCUUCUGAGUCAAAAUCCAGAUCAUCGUUGUGUUUAUUUAGUAGCUAAGGAAUCCCAAGCUGAACUUAUUUAUUCUAGCUGGCAUGUUAUUUUUGGAAUUGGCCUUGCUAGAAAAGUAGUGCUGUUAACAGGAGAAAUCGGAACAGAUUUAAAGUUAUUAGCUAAAGGACAAAUAAUUGUGACAACUGCAGAAAAGUGGGAUGUAUUGUCUCGCAGAUGGAAGCAAAGGAAAAAUGUCCAAAACAUUAAUCUGUUUAUUGUUGAUGAACUUCAGUUAAUUGGAGGUGAAGAUGGGCCGGUAUUAGAAAUUGUUUGCUCUAGAAUGCGGUAUAUUGCUUCUCAAACUGAAAAACAAAUGCGUGUAGUUGCUCUGUCAGCUCCAUUAGCCGAUGCUAGAGAUUUAGCAUUGUGGUUAGGAGCCCCAGCUACCACCACAUUCAAUUUCCACCCCAGUGUCCGACCUGUACCAUUAGAACUUCAUGUGCAAGGGUACAAUGUCACUCACAAUGCUACCAGAUUAGUAGCUAUGGGCAAACCAACAUAUAAUGCUAUACUGAAGUACAGUUUGGAGAAACCAGUGAUAAUAUUCGUUCCAUCAAGAAAACAGGCUCGACUUACAGCUAUUGAUCUAUUAACAUACACUGCUGCUGAUAACCAAUCCAACCGUUUUAUACAUGCCGAAGAAGAUGAUAUCAAACCAUUUGUUGAGAAAAUUUCUGAUAAGACAUUGAAAGAGACUCUGCUCCAAGGAGUAGCAUAUUUACAUGAAGGUGUUAGUUCUCAAGAUCAACGAUGGGUCCAACAACUAUUUUUUACUGGAGCCAUUCAAGUGGUAGUUGUUACAAGAAGUCUUUGUUGGGCUUUGAGUAUUACAUCUCAUUUAGUUAUAAUUAUGGAUACACAAUUCUAUGAUGGAAAAACACAUGCUUAUGAAGAUUAUCCAAUUACUGAUGUUAUUCAGAUGGUAGGAAGAGCUAAUCGACCAUUAGAUGAUGAUGAUUCCAAAUGUGUAUUGAUGUGUCAAUCAUCAAAAAAAGAUUUCUUCAAGAAGUUCUUGAACGAACCUUUACCAGUAGAAAGUCAUUUGGACCAUCGAUUACAUGAUCACUUCAAUGCUGAAAUAGUAACAAAAACCAUUGAGAAUAAACAGGAUGCAGUUGAUUAUAUGACCUGGACAUUCCUUUAUAGGCGACUUACUCAAAAUGCCAAUUAUUAUAAUUUACAAGGAGUUUCACAUAGACAUUUAUCAGAUUAUCUGUCAGAACUUGUUGAGACUACAUUGAAUGACUUAAAUCAAUCAAAGUGUAUUAGUAUUGAAGAUGAGAUUGACUGUAUUCCAUUAAAUUUGGGCAUGAUUGCUGCUUAUUAUUAUAUCAACUAUACAACUAUUGAAUUAUUUUCAUUAUCACUCAACAAUAAAACCAAAAUUCGAGGGCUGUUGGAAAUUAUUAGUUCCGCUGCUGAGUAUGAAAAGAUACCUGUAAGACAUCGCGAAGAUACAUUACUUAAAAGUCUUGCCCAGCGUUUGCCAAAUAAGUUGCAGCCAGCUUCUGGUCAAACGUCUAUACGGUACAAUGAUCCUCACGUCAAGGUUAAUUUGUUACUUCAAGCUCAUUUAUCACGUUUACAACUUGGCGCAGAAUUACAAGGAGAUACUGAAGUCAUAUUGGCUAGAGCAAUACGUUUAAUUCAAGCGUGUGUUGAUGUACUGAGUUCUAAUGGUUGGUUAUCACCAGCUGUCGCUGCAAUGGAACUAGCUCAAAUGAUUACUCAAGCAAUGUGGGCUAAAGAUUCAUACCUUAAACAAUUACCUCAUUUUACAUCAGAUAUUAUUAAGAGAUGUACAGAUAAGGGUAUAGAAACAGUAUUCGAUAUAAUGGAAUUGGAAGAUGAAGACCGUAUAAAGUUACUGCAGCUUGGCGAUAGUGAAAUGGCUGAUGUUGCGAGAUUCUGUAAUCGUUAUCCUAAUAUUGAAUUAAGUUACGAAGUGGCAAACAAAAACCGCAUAUCUGCUGGUUCCAGUGUAAAUGUCACUGUAAGUUUAGAAAGAGAAGACGAAGUUGUUGGCCCUGUUAUUGCUCCCUUCUUCCCACAAAAAAGAGAAGAAGGUUGGUGGUUAGUAAUAGGAGAUCCUAAAAAUAACUCCUUGUUGUCAAUCAAAAGAUUAACACUACAACAAAAAGCCAAAGUGAAAUUAGAUUUUGUAGCACCCAAUCCAGGAAAUUACUCUUAUACUUUGUAUUUCAUGAGUGAUGCAUACAUGGGUUGCGAUCAGGAAUACAAAAUGAAUAUUGACGUUGGCGAUUAUGAUUCUGCCGAAAGUGAGUCAGAUUAA